AUGCCGAAACAAAGGGUUUUUAAAGAGAGGGGAAUCGGAGAUAACAAGGUGAUUAAAGAGUCAAGCCCUGCUCAUGCACAGUCCAAGGUUGCCCCGGCUCCACUACUUCUGGAGUUUCCAAAGUCCUCAGGGGGUCUGAAAAGAAAAAAGAGGGACUGGGUCAUUCCCCCUAUCAACUUCCCAGAGAAUGACAGAGGCCCUUUUCCCAAAGAGAUGGCGAAGAUCAAGUCCAGCAAUGCUAAAGAAAUCGCAGUCACCUACAGCGUCACGGGUCCAGGAGCAGACCAGCCUCCUGUGGGACUUUUCACUAUUAACAGAAACAGUGGUUGGCUUUAUGUGACUCAGCCCUUAGACAGAGAGAGACAAGAUAAAUACACGCUUCAAGCUCAUGCUGAGGGAGCUGGUGGUCAGGUAGUUGAGGACCCCAUGGAUAUCAUUAUCAGUGUAAUUGAUGUGAAUGACAAUAAGCCUGUCUUUACACAAAAUCCCUUCCUUGGAAGUAUUGAUGAGGCAGCAAAACCAGGUACUGAGUUCAUGAAGGUUGAAGCCACUGAUGCUGAUCAGCCUGGAACUGACAACUCUGAUCUCAAAUACUCCAUUGUGAGUCAGGAACCUAAACUGCCAAAUGACAACAUGUUUGCCAUCAACCCUGUGACUGGAGGUAUUCGACUGAGUUUAAGUGGUCUGGACAGAGAGAAAUAUCCCAAAUACACACUGGAAAUUCAAGUAGCAGAUAUGAAAGGAGAUGGUGCUGCAGUCCUUGGGAAAGCUGUGAUUACUGUAACAGACAGCAAUGACAACGCACCUCAGUUUGAACAGACAUCGUACACAGUGUCAGUUCCAGAGAAUGAAGUGGGAUAUGUGGUUGUGAAAAUGCCAGUCACUGAUGAGGAUGAGCUAAACACACCUGCCGUCUGGACCAAGUACAAAAUUAUUAGUGGUGACACUAAUGGAGCCUUCAACAUUACUACAGGACCAAAUAAGAUGGAGGGCAUCAUUACCACUGCUAAGCCCCUUGACUUUGAGAAAAACAGCAAAUACACACUGUUGGUGAUUGUGGAAAAUGAUGUUCCGUUUGCUUCCCCUCUGGCCACCUCCACUGCCACUGUCACUGUGGAUGUGACUGAUGUGAAUGAGGCUCCAGUCUUUAAACCAGUGAAGUUGAUCAUUACCAAACCUGAAGACCUGCCUGUUGGCGCUGAUUUGGCUCUUUAUACAGCCACUGAUAUAGACACAGCCAUGAAACAGAAAGUGUCCUAUAAGACUGGCCAUGAUCCUGCUGGCUGGCUUACUGUCAAUAAAGACACUGGACUGAUCAAGGUGAAGAGCCCAAUGGACAGAGAGUCUCUCUUUGCCAAGGAUGGGAAAUACACAGCUACCAUUCUCGCCAGUGAUGAUGCGGAUGUUCCAGCCACUGGUACAGGGACCCUUGAAAUAACCUUGGAAGACGUGAAUGAUAAUGCCCCCACCAUUGUAGAAAGAUCAUUCUCAAUCUGUAACAAGGAUCCUGCCCCUAUACUGCUGUCUGUAACAGAUAAAGAUGGGCCUGGGUUUGCUGCUCCCUUCCAUGUGGAGCUCCAGGGAGACAGCAGGAACAACUGGACCGCCAGAAUGAAUGACACAAAGACUGGCAUCAUACUGACCCUUAAGACACAGCUGGAGGCGGAUUCUUACAACGUUGUGCUAAAGGUCUCUGAUAAUCAGCAUGAAUCUCAAGCCAGUUCAGUUACAGUCAGAGUGUGUGACUGUCAAGGAAACGACGUUGAGUGCUCAGAGGGGCGAGCAGCAGGUGUUGGAUUGCCAGCAAUUCUAGGAAUUUUGGGAGCUGUCCUUGGUCUACUAUUGCUAGUUCUUCUGCUGUUAAGGUUUAUGAGGCAGAAAAGUGUGUAA